AUGGCUCCAGAUGUUCCGCCUUCAAAGGGGGGGAAGUUGUCGCUCUAUGCAAAUUUACUCGAUCCCUCGGCGGAAUCGACUCCAGGGUCAAUCUCCCGUGCGCCAGUUGUUUUCAAGCAGAGCUCCGAGGCCGAUACGGAAACCGACGAAUCUGCUGCAAAGAAACAGCAGCUCAAUCCCGCUUUCCUGCGAUUUCAGCCCACUAAGCGGCCGCAGCUAAACCAGAAACCUAAGCCGAAGCCGACACUUCCGAAGACAGGACUAUCAUCUCACACAACCCAAGCAGGGACUUCUGCCACAGCACCGGCGAAAAGCAAAUUGGAAGACUGGGCUGCCACGGAAGAGGACGAUUUUGACUACUACGUGGGUGAGAAGAGACAACGAGGGGGAAGGAAAAAACGCAAGAAGAAUCGUGAACUACAGAUGGUCAUGCAGAAUUGGGAUGACAUAUAUGACCCAUCCCGACCCAACAAUUACGAGGAGUAUCGGCACAGUGAUGAAAAAGUCCUCGAGAUCCGGGAAUGGAAGGAUCGUCUGUAUGCGCAUCGCAUGAAGCGCUCGCCAACGCCAGACUCAGACAGCGAUGAUGAAAGACCGGUGAAUCGCUCUUUUGCUCCUCCAGCAAGCUUUGCGCCACCACCGAAUCUCAACGAUAUUCCACCACCUCCACCGCCUGCAGCCGAUCUCCCUGACGAUCCUACCGGAGAGGAUGCAUUCGCACGCCGCGCACGCAUGAGUCAAGCGGCGACUGGUGCAUCGGACCCUUCAGCCCAUGUCGAGAUUCCCCCUCCGCCCCAGGCUACAGAAGACUCUCCCCCUCCUCCGCCUGGGGACAGUCCCCUGCCACAGCAACCCUCAAACCCACCGACGUCGGGUUCCACGCCAACUCUGCCUGCAGCUCGACCACUCGAUGCUUUCCAGCCGAGUUCAGCAACCAUUUCCCGUGCUCCAGUCCGAUAUAGCCUCCCCCCACCUCCCGAAGAUAUACCAGCCUCUGAAGCGGAACUGGAGCAAAUGCUUGCGAGCGAGGAACCACCUGAAGCAGAAGACAGUGAGGAUGCACCUCGGUCCAAGCGUCCGGGCCAAAAGGGCUUUGCAGAGCGUCAAUUGGCCAAAUAUGGUUGGACCAAGGGCUCAGGCCUAGGUGCGACAGGCUCCGGCAUUGUCAACCCCCUUCAAGUGAAGGUCGAAAAGAGAAAAAAGCGACCGGAUUCCGAAGGGGGAGGUUUUGCAGGACCUGGGGGACGUGGCAAGAUCAUUGGAGGCAGGAAGACGAAGGAUGACGACGGGGGCAAGUUUGGACAGAUGAGCCCUGUUGUCGUUCUUCACGGGAUGCUGGAUGGCAUGGAUCUAGAUGAAGAGUUGAACCGCGAGGGGGGUGGUUUGAUGCAGGAGAUUGGCGAGGAGUGCAAUGAAAAGUACGGUCGAGUGGAGCGCGUCUAUAUCGCCCGCGACAGUGGUCCACCCAUGCCUGUCUUUGUCAAGUUUACGAACGAGCUCUCUGCUUUACGGGCCGUGAAUGCCCUGGAGGGACGAAUUUUCAAUGGAAACGCAAUAUCCGCCCGAUUUUUCGAUCCCGAGAAGUUUGAACAGGGGAUAUAUGUUGACUGA